AUGGCUACUAAGGAGGGUAUUGCAAUUGUUGUCACAGCCUUAUUGUUGUGCUUUUUGCUGCAUAGCAAUAUUGCUAAUGCAACCACCUUUACAGUGGGAGAUUCUCAAGGUUGGGGUUUUGCAGCUAGCAGCUGGCCUAAUGGGAAGAGCUUUAAGGCUGGUGACAUUCUUGUGUUCAACUACAACCCAAGCAUGCACAAUGUGGUUGUUGUAAGCAAGGCUGCAUACGAUAGCUGUAACAUCCCUGCCGGAGCCAAAACUUACUCUUCGGGAAAAGAUCAGAUCAAGCUUGCAAAGGGACAGAACUACUUCACCUGCUCAUUUCCAGGGCACUGUAGUUCUGGGAUGAAGAUAGUUGUCUUUGCAGCUUAA